AUGCAUCGUCUUUUUGCUGAGCUGGAGCCAUCUUUAAUCGUCACAGAGCAAAACCUGGCAGACCGAGUUCGGUAUAUCUUGCGCUCAAAUAUAUUUGAUGUCGCCGAACUCGAACGGCUACGACGUGAGGCUGUUCCCUCGUUGGAUGAGAAUGCUACGGCUGAGGAUGCGGCGCCACAAAUGGUAGAGCAACCCGCAAACGUGGAUGCUGCCGUGAAUACCCCAGUUGUGGUUGAUUCAAACGAUGAUGGAACAGUCGCCCAGGAACUGGAAUUAGAGCAUAUGAGGAGUAUAUUGGAAGAGGCGAUUGUGGAAACGCGCAGUACGCCUCUCGAAAAUCGACCGCGACUUCCCCGCAUAGCCCUAAGCAAGCGGAAUCGGGCUGUCGUGAGGGCUCUGAACCCAAUGCUGGUUACCUAUUUGGAAGCCAGCCGGGACCUUUGCGAGACGGACUCAAUUCUUUUUGGCGCCGCGCUGGCAGUCUGCCGUAUCAUAGGCGCCAAGGUUUCCACGGCUGGACGCGCUACUGGCCAUAGUAGCGCUAUCCCAGCAUGGAGAAGAAGAAUUGAGGAACGUAUCGCAAAGGCUAGAGCUCUCAUCGGCAGACUGAUAUGCUUCAGAUCAGGCAACAACAGGCCAAGAAUUGUGCGCACCGUCAGGAUGGCGUUUGCUGGGACAAAUGUCAGUUUGUCCCAGCCGGAUAUAACGCAAAAACUGACGGAGCGCAUAGAUGAUCUGAAGCAGAGAAUCGCUGCUUGGGGAAAGCGGAUUCGGCGAUAUACCGAGAGGUCGACACGGUUCAACCAGAAUCGUCUCUUCCAGAGUGAUCAGAAGAGGCUCUAUGAAUCAUUGGAGCGACCAAUGGUAAGUGGAACGGGUCCAGCACCGGAUCAGGCCGACACUGUAGCAUUCUGGCGCGGCCUGUGGUCAGAGCCCGUAAACCACAGCGAGGGCCCUUGGACGGAAGUUGUGGCGAGUCAGUGUGCGGGUAUUACGCCCAUGGACCCCGUCAUCAUAACGCCGGAUGACGUAGAUGAGGCGGUUCGUAGGGCCCCGAACUGGAAAAGUCCGGGGCUUGACGGGCUGCAUCACUACUGGCUGAAGGGGUUCAUGGCCGAAAUGAACAGGGUACGGCAUAACCAGUGCACACAAAAAGAGAAAAAGCAGAAAAGUCCUCCUAGAAGAAAUGACCAAGUUAAAAUAAGAACAUUAUAUUCCUUUAUAAGUAUCUACAAAUAA